UCUCAUACUAGACGCCGGAACGUCGAGAUUUUAAAUCAGUUUUACUUAUUCGUUUUUUUAGCAUAAUUAUGCGUUAAUUUAUAUGUAGUUUUUAAUUAUGAAUGAAGUCCUCUGAUGUUGCUUAUAAUAGUAGUCGCUGAACAGUUUUGGAUGGUUGGAUCGAUUUUAUUUAUCGGGAUUAAGUGCAGUUAACGGGAUUUAAUCGGCUCAGGUCUCACUUGAUCUCCCGUGUUAAAGAUUAUCUGUGAGUUUAAGUAUUUGAGUAACAUUAGCGGUAAUUUUGACUUUGGUCGGUUGAUGAUGGCCACAUCGGCCCUGUACGCCUGCACCAAGUGUAACCAGCGGUUUCCGUUUGAGGAGUUGUCGCAGGGCCAGCAGCUCUGUAAGGAGUGUCGAAUUGCACAUCCUAUUGUAAAAUGCACCUUCUGCAGGUCAGAGUUUCAGCAGGAGAGCAAAACUAACACUAUCUGCAAGAAAUGUGCACAAAAUGUUAAACAGUUUGGGACGCCAAAGCCAUGUCAGUACUGUAACAUCAUUGCUGCAUUCAUUGGGACCAAAUGUCAGCGCUGCACCAACUCUGAGAAGAAGUAUGGCCCUCCACAGACCUGCGAACAGUGCAAGCAGCAGUGUGCCUUCGACAGGAAGGAUGAAGGAAGGAGAAAGGUUGAUGGGAAGCUCUUGUGUUGGCUCUGCACACUGUCAUAUCGUCGAGUUCUACAGAAAACUAAAGAGCAGCGCAAAGGCCUUGGCUCCUCUCACUCCAACUCUUCCCUCAGCGAGAAAGAACAUCAGAGACACCACCAUCACCAUCAUCAACACCACCGACACAGUUCACAUCACAAAAUAAGUGGUACUUUAAGUCCAGAGCAGGAUCAGGGACUGUGGAUGCAGAGUAUUCAAAAGGAAACGCCAAAGAAAAAACCUAAACUAGAGACAAAGCCAUCUAAUGGAGACAGUAGUUCAAUCACUCAAUCAAUGGAUUCGGGAGGCACGGAUAACUUCAUAUUGAUUAGCCAGCUGAAAGAGGAGGUGAUGUCACUGAAGCGAAUGCUUCAACAGAGAGACCAGACCAUCUUGGAGAAGGACCGGAAGUUAACAGAGCUGAAGGCAGAUUUUCAGUAUCAGGAGUCAAAUAUGCGGGUAAAGAUGAACAACAUGGAGAAAGCGCAUAAAGAGGCCAUGGAGCAACAACAGGCAAAGAACAGAGAGCUGUUGAAACAGGUUGCUGCACUCUCGAAAGGCAAGAAGUUCGACCGCAGCAGUAGCUCACUGCUGUUACCAUAGCAAUGACCUCAUGCCAUCACAUGACCCCUUGCCCCAAUGUUUCAUUACUGUGAGGAAGCUUCACCCUCCAUUUCUCACAGUUUUUCUGUGUUUUAUUCUGAUGAUGUCACAUAUGCAAAUAUCUCCAUUUAUUAUUCGUAUUGUUUUUAUUGUUUUAGUUUUGUGGACUUUCUUUGGCUGUUUUCAGCCAUUUUAGUAAUCACACAUUUACAGAAGAUACAUGGCUGUAUGGAGCCAUUUCAGGAGCUGAAUCCAGCCUCAGAUCUCAUAUGCAAAAUAUUUUAGAACUUUUCAAAACUUGAUUGAAUGCAAGCGGAAGAGCCCUCGGCAAACGUUUGAAAAUGAAAUAGAACACGAGUCGGAUGUAUGGAUUUUUUUUUUUUUUUUAUAGAUUCUCAGUUUGUCUCUUUCUCUCACUCACUCAUGGAAAGACUGUACUCAUGUCUUGCUGCCUGGUCAACUGUGUGGUUUUUGUAUAUUAACUGAUUACUCUCAUGUUUGGCUUUGUAUUAGUGAUAUUUCAGAGAUGGAUUCUGCAGGCCGGUUUGAGACGCUGCUGUUUUCAUGAGUGAGGCUUUCUUAUCUGUCUUUCAUUCCUCCUGAGCAUUCUCAUCUUUUUUUACUGUCAGACACUUUUGUACUUUUUUUUUUUCUGCAACAGACGUUUCAGGAAUAUUAAAGCUAGUAAAACCCUCAAGAAUUAUCUUUUUGAGUAUUUGAAUCUGUAUUUAUGGAUCCUUUUAUGAAUGGUGG